AUGCAAGACCCGGGUACUGCCGCUCCACCCGAUACUACAUCUGCUCCUUCAACACCUUCAAAGCCUUCUUCACAACCUACUGUUGACCCUCCAAACACUACCACAGACUCCAAAUCCUCUGAGGCCGCCACCCCCACUAGUAUCGCCCCAAUAACAACUACUGAUAAACCAACAACAACAACGACCAUGUCAACCGCCGAACCCCUUAUCACCACCACAGGAGAGUCUCCAGUGGUGACGACAACUACCAACCCUCCAGUGACGACCACCGACCCGCCCAUGACAACUCCCCCCACCACCGAACCUACUGUCACAGCUGCCACCACCGAACCCCCUGUCACAGCAACUACUACUGACCAUCCAGUGACUAAUACGACAACGGACCCACCAGUGACAGCUACUACCACAACAAAGGACCCGCCCGUAACAACUACCACAACUACCGAAGUUCCUCCUGUAAAAACCACCACCACGAAAGACCCUCCUGUAAAGACGACGACAACGACAACCUCGCCAUACACAACACGAUACGUGACAACCAUCUCAAUCGUGACCGUGACAACCAUCGUCCCCGAGACGACCAUCAUCUCUGGAAAAGGGACUACAAUCUACAUCACCCGGUCGACUACCAGUCCAGUGCCGACGAUCAUCCAAGACCCAACUCAGGAACCUGCCACGACACAAAUCGAUUCUUCGGCCAAGGGAGGAUUACAGACCUGGCAAAUUACGUUGAUUGUUGUUGCGACGCUUGUGAUAAUGGGUGCUGUGGGCGCUGCGGUAUUGGUGGGGAGGAUUAAGCGGGAGCGGAAGAAGCGGGAUUCGAUGUUGUUCUCGGAUAAGCCUGAGAGUGUUCUGGGGAGUGAGAUGGGGGAGAGUGGAGGUGGAAGGUCGAAUAGAACGCUGGUUGUCGGUGGGCAACAGAAGCAUUAUCACCCUGGGCAGAAUGGUGGUGGUAGCGGUUGGAGGGAGAGGCUUUCGGCCUGGAGGCCCUGGGACAGCCAUGGCAGCUAUCAUCAGCAACAACAAUAUCCUGGAGGACUUGAAUACAAUCAAGGAACAGGCCAAGGGGGAGGAGGCGGGUUAUGGUUGAUGGACGAGUCAGAUCCGAAUUACGACAGAUCGGCGGCAGUUGCAAGUGUCGAUGCAGCGAUGCGCCCCGUCUCGUACGACACCAAUGGCAGACUCAGUGGUGUUGGAGAUACCAUCGUUGGGGAAGAAGAUCCGCACUAUUAUGGCAGCUAUCCAUACACCGCACAGGCUCAGGGCAGGCACUAUGACCAGGACGAGGCGACCCCCGCCACCGCCACCGCCAUGGUAGCAGCACCCAGGGGGGUUGUAGGAACGCUUAACCCCCUGGACGAUCUUGCUAAUUCCUCAGUACAGAGAGGCCCCUCAUCAGUCGGAACUGCAGCAACAGCCAUGACCUCCAGAUCCCAACAAGGUCACUUACAACAACAGUCCAGCCGUGGCAGCCUCACAGGACGGAUUUCUCCAUCCAUCGGACGGCUGGAACGCCUCUCGACCGAAGAAGGGUCAGACUACGUCGAUAGCCACGGCCUCCAUCGCCAAAGUCAAGACUGGACACUCUCCAGCGUAACCAGCGCCGGCGCCGGCGUAGGCGCCAGUACCGGCACAGGAGCCAUCGAGGACAGGACAUCCAUACGGGUCGACCCCGAUCAACUCGAAAGCCAUGCGAUAUACGAGCUCGUCCGCAAUGCACCCCAAGCCAUCCUCGGCACAUCCCCGCCUAAAGCACAGGACUCUGUCCGUGGUGAAUCACCAACUUUGCCGUCUGCCCCACUACCUCCACCUUUGAGCACUACAGCGACAGAUACGGAGACGGUGGAGAUGAUUACGGAUGGGGACACGGAGAAUAACAACGCGGUUUCUGAAUCGCAUCCGACAGAGAUAACUCUUCUCUCGGUCGAGUCGACGCCGGUCUUAAAGCACGCGUGUCUUGAUUCCGAGCAGCAGCAGCAACAACCCCCACAGUGA